AUCUGCUCCACCAUAAGCCCCACGUUACUCUACGAUACAAAUACUUAGGCAGGCGUACUCAACAUCGCACCAAAGGCAGAGAGAGUAACUCCGACUCGAAUAUAUAUAUCCCACGCCGAUGCACUCUUUUGUAACCCGUCGUCUUCUACACUACCGAAGCAUCCGCCCCAUCAUCACCAUCAAUACUAGCACUCGCUUCCUUCCUACAUCCAUGGGCACCAACAUGUCCACCUCCGCCCCCGACACCUCCAGCUUCCCCGUUCAAAAGUCAUCGAGCGAAUGGCGCGCCAUACUCUCUCCCGAGCAGUUCCGGAUUCUCCGUGAGAAGGGGACCGAGCCCCCCGGGAGCGGAGACUACAACCACCACAAAGCUUCCUCCGGAGUCUAUAACUGCGCCGGCUGCGACACCCCGCUGUACAAAGUCACCACCAAGUUCUCGAGUGGAUGCGGGUGGCCGGCGUUCUUUGAGGGUAUUCCGGGAGCGAUCGUGAGGAAGGAGGAUGGCAUGUACGGGAUGAGACGCACAGAGAUUAUGUGUGCGAACUGUGGAGGGCAUCUUGGACAUGUCUUCAAGGGAGAGGGAUUCGAUACACCGACGGACGAGAGGCAUUGCGUCAACAGUGUCAGCUUGAAGUUUAAGGACGACGGUGGGGAGGGGAAACUUUGAGAUGGGAUCACUUGCGGCGCUUAGACUGUAGUUAGCAGUAGCGGCAACAUCGACGGACUCGCGGAUCAAUACUUAUACUUUUGAUGGCCAGCAAACUGUGAUGCUCCUCUCCUAAACCCCCACCUCCAAUUAUCUACAUGCUAGGCGUGUC